AUGGCUCAAAAAGAGGCAACCAUUUACAUUGUCGACGUGGGCAGGUCCAUGGGCGAACGGCGUCAUGGCCGCUCCGUCACAGAUCUGGAGUGGGCCAUGCAGUAUGUCUGGGACAAGAUCACCACCACGGUUGGAAAUGGCCGAAAGACAGCGAAUGUUUCGGUUCUUGCUCUGCGUUCAGAUGACACGUCAAAUGAGCUCCGAGAGGACGCACAUAACUCGAACAUAUCGGUUCUUUCGAGAUUAGGACAAGUUCUCAUGCCUGAUAUCCGAAGCCUGAGUGAUUCCAUCAAACCCAGCAAUACAAACCGGGGCGACGCCAUUUCUGCCAUUGUCGUUGCUAUUACAAUGAUCAAUGAGUUUACCAGAACGCUUAAGUACAAGCGGAAGAUCGUCCUGGUCACAAACGGUACUGGGCCGAUGAGCGACAAUGGCCUUGAGGAGAUCCAAAAGAAAAUCGUCAGUGAUGGAAUUGAACUGGAUAUUCUGGGAGCUGAUUUCGACGAUCCGGAGUACGGGGUAAAAGAGGAAGAUAAAGAUCCCCACAAGGUAAUAUUUACCCCCAAAAAAUGGUGGGAAUCCUGCUUAUGCUCUUUGCAAACUCACAGGCACAAAAUGAGAGCCUGCUUCGUGGAUUCGCUGAAGGCUGCGGGGGGGACCUAUGGAACCCUAGAGGAGGCUAUCGCUGAAUUAGAAACCCCUCGGAUUAAAGCCGUCAAUCCCAUGCCAUCUUUCAAAGGCAUGCUCAGACUUGGCGAUUCUCAGAAAUACGAGACAGCUGUACAGAUUCCGACCCAGGAAGAGGAAGGAGACCCGAAGCCAAGCCAAGGCGAUGCUCUUACAGCUGUGAGAAUGGCACGAACUUACCAAGUUGACGAUCCGUCUGCGGUUGGUGGCAAAGUUGAUGUUGAACGUGAUGACCUCGCAAAGGGCUAUGAGUAUGGCCGGACAGCUGUCCACAUCAGCCAAAUAGAUGAAAACAUUACGAGAUUAGACACAUUCGCCUGUCUGGAUCUCAUCGGUUUCAUCAGCCAGGACAAGUACGAUCGAUACCUGCACAUGUCCAAUGCUAACAUUAUCAUUCCGGAACGUGCAAAUGAUAAGGCUUCUCUGGCACUGUCGUCUUUCACCCACGCCUUACACCUAUCGUCUUUCUAUGCUGUUGCUCGAAUGGUCACCAAGGAGAAUCGAGCCCCUCUGGUCGUCUUGCUUGCACCGUCCAUCAAUGCAGGUUAUGAAUGCCUCAUUGAGGUACAGCUUCCUUUUUCGGAAGAUGUUCGAUCAUACCAGUUUCCUCCGUUGGACAAGGUGAUCACCGUAUCCGGCAAAACUAUCACCGAGCACCGAAAUCUCCCAAAUCAAGACCUCCAAGAAGCAAUGGAUAAUUAUGUUGAUAGUAUGGAGCUGGACCACAAGGAUGAACUUGGGAAUGAUGUGCUCCCCAUUGAUGAAUCUUUCUCUCCGCUGCUGCACCGGAUCGAGUCGGCAGUACGGCAUCGUGCUGUGCAGCCAGACAACCCCAUUCUUGAGUCGCCUGAAAUCCUCACCAAAUUCGCACAUCCUGAUGAGGAGCUUGUGAAGAACUCAGCGUCCUUGCUUGAGAACUUGAUCUCUAAAGCGGAUGUUAAAAAAGUUCCUCCCAAGACAAAAGGACGCAAGCGCCAACGCGAAACAGAGAAGCCUCUUUCCGGUCUGGACGUCGACGCUCUUCUCAACCAAGAGCCAAAGCGUGCCAACAUAUCGCCCGAUAAUGCUAUCCCGGAGUUCAAGCAGAUGCUGUCCCGUGCGGAAAAUAUUGAAACCAUUAUUGGUGCCGUCAAGCAACUAUGUGCUAUCAUCGAAUCACAGAUCAAGAACAGUCUGGGCGACGCCAACUAUGAUCGUGUUGUGGAAGAAUUGGGAACUCUGCGUGACGAGCUAGUUGACUACGAAGAGCCUGCUCUUUACAACGAUUUCCUGCGCUCAUUAAAGUCAAAGAUGUUGCUAGAGGAGCUCGGUGGCGAUCGACGAGAGCUGUGGUGGCUAUUGCGACGAAGCAAGAUUGGCCUUAUUGACCGAAAGGCCUCUGAUCGAUCUGAGGUCUCAGAGGAAGAGGCAAAGGAGUUCCUUUCUCCAAGUUGA